AUGCCUUUGGUCGGUCUGCUGGCUGGCAAGACAGCCAUCAUCACGGGCGGCACCACUGGCAUCGGGCGAGCGAUAUGCCUCGAAUAUCUCAGGCAGGGUGCCAACGUGGUGGUGAACCACCUGGGAUUGGACAAGGACAGCCACCACCUUGACUCGCUGCUUUCCGAGGCCGAAGCGUUGUCGCAGCCGCCGCCGCCGCCGCCAUCAGCAUCGUCAUCGCAGGUUCCAGAUGCAGGGCGCAGCUCGGGCGCAGACGCGCAGGCCGUGGGCAGAUUAGCCCACCAGGCCGGUGACGUGAGAGACCCGAGCACGGCAGCCAGGCUCGUUGCCGCGGCCGUUGAUCUGUCCCCGGCGCGGCGGCUGGACAUUUGCGUCUCCAACGCGGGCAUAUGCACGUUUGCGGACCUGUUGACCCUGUCGCACGACCUGUUCGAGGCCACGGCGAGGACGAAUCUCGACGGGGCCUUUUACCUGACGCAGGCGGCGGCGCGUCAGAUGGCGCUGCAUCAGUCGCCGCCGGGGGGGAGCAUCAUUGGCGUGUCCUCGGUCUCGGCCCUGGUGGGAGGAGGCCAGCAGGCGCACUACACGCCUACCAAGGCGGGGGUGCUGAGCCUGAUGCAGAGCAGCGCAGUGGCGCUGGGCAGGCACGGCAUCCGGUGCAACGCGCUGCUGCCGGGGACGAUCCGCACGCAGCUGAACGAGGAGGACCUGGCGGACGACGCCAAGCGGAACUACAUGGAGAAGAGGAUUCCGCUGGGCAGGACCGGGGCGCCCGCCGACGUGGCUGGGCCGGCCGUCUUCCUGGCGUGCGACGAGCUCAGCGGCUACGUGACGGGGGCGCAGCUGCUGGUCGACGGCGGCCUGUUUGUCAACCUGCAGUGA